CCACAUGGAUGCGGGUGGCGGGCGCUCUCACCACACACUGCUGGCUCUCACCACCACUCGCGCGACCUGACGCGCUCUGCACAGCAUGGACUCCGCAUACGACCACAUCCAGGAGAAGAACUACCCCGCGGACCACGAGGAGAAGAAGAAGCCGGCGGGCGAGAGCAGCGCCGGCGCAGAGCCCAGCAACUUCAACGCGGAGGUCCAGGAAGCCUACAAGGCCAUCUCGAGCAGCCCGUGGGCGGCCCGACUGGGGGGAUUCUGGCAGACGGCGAAGAAGCAGGGCGAGCAGUACUACGAGACGGCGGCCGCCAGCAAGCAGUACAAGGAAGCCACCGCCGGCGUCUCCAGCCUGAUCAGCCAAGCCCGCAGCCUCUCUGUGCAGGCCAGUGAUGCGGCGGGCACGUCCGCAAAAGACGCCUCGGCCGCAGCCGACACAGACAAGGAGGACAUGACGCCGCACCCCGACCGCCCGGAGUCGCUCACCGCCGACAUCGUCAAGGAAGCCCAGGGCAUCGUCUCGCUCUUCCGCUCCAACGCCUCCAAGCGUCUCAAAGACCUCCAAAAGGCCGAAGACGCCGCCGACGAGGCCCUCCUCAAGUUCGGCUCCAACGUGCGCAACUUCCUCGCCGAAGCCGUCACCAUCGCAGCCCCGGCCUCGGGCUCACAGGCCGAGAAGGACGGCGCCGUGCUCUUCGAGUCCAAGGACAGCAGCGGGAAGAAGGUCGUGCACGCCACGCGCUUCGACGCCCAGCUCCACGUUAUCCACUCGACCCUCGACUCGUUCCUCAAGGACCCUGCGAGUCCGCAGUGGGACGCCUGGAAGACGCAGUUCGAUGCAGACAAGAAGACGGACGCCAUCGCGAAGGACCUGGAGAAGCACGAGGAGCUGCGGAACGCCAUGGAGAAGACGGUCCCCGAGAGGGUCGACUACGCCACAUUCUGGUGCAGAUACUACUUCCUGCGCCACGUGAUUGAGAGCGAGGAGCAGCGCAGGAGGGAGCUGCUCAAGGCGUCCACGCCCGCCGACGAGGAAGAAGUAGACUGGUCCUCAGGCUCCGAAGACGACGACGACGACGAGAAGCCCACACCGAAACCCGCCGCCGCCGCCGCCGCUGCAUCCGUACCCAAGUCCUCCACACCCGACCUCGCCAAGAGCCAAACCACAAUCAAGCCCGAAGCCGAGACCGACACACUGAAGCCUGUGCAGCCUCGUCGCUCGCACGACGAGAAGAGCGUUGCGGACAGCGAUGCGAGCUACGACGUGGUCAGCGGAGCCACCAGCCGCGCACCCAGCCGGGCGCCGGGGAGUCCCAAGGCGAAGCCCGAGGCGAAGAAGACGGUCGAAGAGGAGAGUGACGACGAUGAUUGGGAGUGACGACAAUGAUUGGGAGUGACGACAAGGAUUGGGAGUGACGACGAUGAUUGGGAGUAGAUAGGCUAUGAGUUCGCUAUGCUAUGCUAUGCUACGUUGAUAUCUAACGAAAACUGAAUAC